AUGGACAAAAAGAACCAGACAUCAGCCACAGAAUUCCUCCUCCUGGGACUUGCUGGGCAGUCAAAGCAAGAAGAGGUCGUCUUUGGGCUGUUCUUGGGGAUGUACUUGGUCACCAUCUCUGGGAACCUUCUCAUCAUCCUGGCCAUCAGCUGUGACCCUCAUCUCCACACACCCAUGUACUUCUUCUUGGCCAACCUCUCCAGUGUUGACAUCUGCUUUUCCUCAGUCACCAUCCCCAAGGCACUGGUGAAUCAUGUUUUGGGAAGCAAGUCCAUCUCUUACGCGGAGUGUAUGACUCAGAUCUAUUUCUUCAUCACAUUCAUCAACAUGGAUGGCUUCCUGCUGAGUGUGAUGGCCUAUGACCGCUAUGUGGCCAUUUGUCACCCACUCCACUACACCCUGAUGAUGAGGCCCAGACUCUGUGUCCUCCUGGUGGUCAUAUCAUGGGUCAUCACAAACCUGCAUGCUCUCUUGCACACUCUGCUCAUGGUUCGCCUCACCUUCUGUUCCCACAAUGCUGUACAACAUUUCUUCUGUGACCCCUACCCUAUCCUGAAGCUCUCUUGUUCUGACACCUUUAUCAAUGACAUCACAGCCUUCACUGUAGGUGGGCUGACUUCUAUCACACCAUUCACAUGUAUCACUGUUUCAUAUGCCUAUAUCCUCUCCAAUGUACUGAAGUUUCCAUCCAUUCAGGGAAUAAGAAAAGCCCUGUCCACAUGCGGGUCUCACCUCACUGUGGUCUGCCUCUUCUAUGGAGCAAUCCUGGGGGUCUAUAUGCACCCUUCAUCUACAUAUUCGGUACAAGACACAGUGGCCACUGCCUUUUUCACAGUGGUGACACCCAUGGUCAAUCCCUUCAUCUACAGCCUGAGGAAUCAUGAUGUCAAAGGAGCCCUAAGGAAACUCAUAUUUAGGAGAUUCAUUUCAUCAAAAUUCUACAGCUAGACAAUUUUAGGACAGAGAAGACUAAUUAUGGAGCAACUGAGGCUGCAGUAAGUAUAAUCUUCAUUGUUGUAUUUCUUACUGGCGUCAUAUGUUCAUGUUGCUGUCUUUAAAUACGACACUGAUGAAUGCUCAUAACUAUAAAAUUAUGAAUUUAUUGUCUACAUAUAGAAUGCAUCCUGUGACCUUUAUUUUAGAGAUAAACGUGAGAGAAGUUUAGGUGAGUCUGUUUGCUGAGCUCAUGUGACACCUCAAUGUGCUUUUCAUGGUUGUGUCUAGCAGUAUUAGAAAAUGCUAGUAGGUACAAGGACUUUGGGCUCAUACCAUCUGAAGGUCACAUGCAAUAAUGAAGCUUUACAAAUGAUCUUUGCAGCAUAAUGUUGAAUGAAAUAUAUGAUAAUACUUACUGAAUUAUUAUAAUAUGUUACAGAUUAUCUCUGCAUCAGAUUUUUUUUUUGUUUUGAGACAGGGUUUCACUAUGUAACUCUGGCU